UGUACUUUUGUCUUCUGAGUAUAAAUUGUGUAUUUUAAUAUAGUUUGAGUGGCAGUGCAUGGGAGAUACGAGUUUUCGUUCCUGCUUUGAUUAAUCUUGGAAUAACUUGGACGACGAACUUAAAUGAUCAAAAGUGAUUUAGGCAGAGGCAUUUCGAAAAUUUCAUCAAGUUACAGCCAUAGGAACCCUCAAUAUUGAAAAUGGCAUUUAGACCCCAAUCAUUCGAUCAAGAAAAAAGUUUGUGGGAUGAAAUGAAUGACAUAUGGGAACCAGCAGCUAAACGAAGGAGAAUUUCAAGCAUCCCUGCAGAUGCCAAAAUGGCACAGAAAAGUGUUAGGCGACCAGGUCGACUUCCAUCCAAUUUACCAGCACCUACAAAAAACGCAGAAAAGGCUCGAGAACAUCGAAAAAGAGAGAAGGAAUACAAGGAAGGCCUCGAAAAGAAAUUUCAUUUAGUCAUAAAGAAGAUAGAAGAUAUAAAAAAAGUUGAAUCGGAGCAGAAAGCUGAUAUUGAGUUGCUACUAAAGCAUCAAGUCCCGUACCUGCUAAGUAUGGAACCCAUCGUUGGUGCACUUUGGAAGUCCGUCAAUGUAAGUUCAGACGAAGGAGUUUUUUUCCAAAGCCUGGAAAACAAUGCAGGAAUUUGUCUACAUGUGAAUUGCAAAGGAGUUUCAUUAGAAUUAUGUGCUUCCUGCCAAACGAACGGUUUCAAGUCGGAAUUCUUGCGGGAGAAAAUGAUUGACUCAAUGCCAGUGGCCAGAAGCGAACCGGAAACAGAACAAGAAGGGAAAUCAAAUUUAUUUGCAGGCAGUCCAACUGCAAAGAAAACUGGAUCUGGACGACUUCCUUCCACUUUACCAGCUCCUACCGAAAAUGCAGAAGAGGCUCGAAAAAACCGACAAAAGAAGAAGGAAGAACUGCAGAAACUCGAGAAGGACCUCGAACGGGCUGAAAUGGAAUAUGAAAAAAUGAGCGUUUCGAUAAAAAAACAGGAGGCUUUUAUUAUUAGGUUGAGAACUAAGAUUGUGUAUCUCAAGAGUAUUAUUGAGAACCAAAGAAGCAUCAGCGCUCUUUUGAAGUACAUGAAAGAAAAUCUAAAAAGCUCUAAAGGAAUUUGUCUGCAUUUGUAUCGCAAUAUAGUUUCAGUAGAAUAUUGUGUUUCCUGUUAUAUGAAAAAUGCGAAAUCAAAACUCGUCAUCCCAGGUGUUUCUGAAUCACUGAAAGAUUGACGUCUCUUAAAUUUCUGACAUGCAGUUUAAUUUUUUGUGAAAGAAAGGAAAUGUUUUUAUUUAUUUAUUUUUUGUUAAAAGGAAAUAAUAUUGUACUAUUAUUAUAUUAUUAAAACUUUAGGUUCCACAACUUUUAAUUUCUUCUCUUUGAGAUGAAGGAUCGCUUCUGAAUUAUGUUUUAAUCAAAGUGUAUGUAGACUUGUACAUAUAUGGUAAGAUAAUAAGAAAUUACACUACUGGUUCAAAUCUGAAAUCUAAUCCUUAAAUGGAGGCCAAGCUAUUAAUCGCAAGUUUAUCACGUCUAAAAUUUAAGGUUAUAGGUUGACGGGGCCAUAAUCGUGGACGGGCAACAGCAAAUACGUAUUUAUGGAGUAAAAAUAUAAGUCUCUAAUACUUCCGGAAUAGCAUAAUUCUACUGCGCACAUGCGCAUUCGCUGUUGGCCUUCCUGUUAUGUAAGUAGCUAUUUUUAGAACUGAAAAGAAUCUGAUAACACGUGCUAAUCAUGUGUGCAUUAUAUACAAAUAUUUACUGGCACUUGAACCACCAUAAAAAUAUGGGAGCGUGCACAAGACAAAAAUCAGUCGGUCGACCGGCAGCCGAACUUCUAUCUUUUUUUAAUGCAUGAUAAAUAAGAUAUAAAAUCUGCAUUUGCCACUCAAGCAGCCACUUUUCGUCUUGAGCACGCAUCUGCAUUUUUUAUAAUAAUUUGAGAACUAGUAAACAUUUAUUUUUAUUUUAUUCGUCUCAUUUAAAGGUGGAGAUUUCAGGCUUUAAUUUAGAGAAGUUUCAAAUUUUUUCAUUCACUUCCCUAAAGUAUGCAGAGAGUGGAAGUUGAAAAUAGAAAAUUGGUUAAGAAAGAAAAAUAGGUCUUUCACAUGAUAAUCAGUUUCUAAAGCAACCCUGUUUUUAAACCGAUUUCCAUGAUUGGAGGUACAAUAAAUUUUAACCGAUAGUUUCUAAUGUAUAACUGUGUGAUUAGUGUGAUUUUAUUGCUUUUUGAGAAAAAAUGUAUUUUCAGAAUGGUGAGAGCGUCAUAAAAUGGACGAAAAAUACAGUAUAUUUUUUUCU